UUCAAAAUCAUCCGUGGGGCAAGUUGGUGGUGAGAGGAGGGCUCAGGGCGACGGUAGCAACCCUUCUUCGCCUGUGAACUAGCGGCAGUACGGAGCGAUGCUUGGAAGUUGAAAAAAGACAGUAACAAAGGCCAGUAGAAGACCGUGUGGACCACACAUCAACAAGCAUGGAGUUCCCGCAACAGCAGAAACCGGCGGGGGACGGAAAGAUCAUCUAUCCUCCCGGAGUAAAAGAGAUCACCGACAAAAUCAGCAACGAUGAGGUGGUCAAACGAUUGAAGAUGGUGGUGAAGACCUACAUGGACAUGGAUCAGGACUCGGAGGAGGAGAAGCAGCAGUAUCUGGGCCUGGCUCUCCACCUCGCCUCAGAGUUCUUCUUAAGGAACCCCAACAAAGAUGUGCGGUUACUGGUGGCCUGCUGUCUGGCAGACAUCUUCAGGAUCUACGCUCCCGAGGCCCCUUACACCUCCCAUGACAAGCUCAAGGACAUCUUCCUUUUCAUUACAAGACAGCUAAAGGGACUUGAAGACACCAAGAGUCCCCAGUUCAACCGAUACUUUUACCUUCUGGAGAACCUGGCCUGGGUGAAAUCAUACAACAUUUGCUUUGAACUGGAGGACUGCAAUGAGAUCUUCAUCCAGCUUUUCAAAACCCUCUUCUCAGUCAUCAAUAACAGCCAUAACCAGAAGGUACAGAUGCACAUGAUGGAUCUGAUGAGUUCUAUCAUCAUGGAAGGAGACGGAGUCACACAAGAGCUGUUGGACACAAUCCUCAUCAACCUCAUCCCUGCACACAAGAAUCUGAACAAGCAAGCGUACGAUCUUGCUAAAACUCUGCUGAAGAGGACCGUGCAGACGAUUGAGACAUGCAUCGCUAACUUCUUCAAUCAGGUUUUGGUGAUGGGCAAGUCGUCAGUUUCGGACCUAUCUGAGCACGUCUUCGACCUCAUCCAGGAACUGUUUGCCAUCGACCCGAUGCUGCUUACAUCUGUCAUGCCACAGCUGGAGUUCAAACUGAAGAGCAACGACGGCGAGGAGCGCCUGGCUGUGGUACGGCUGUUAGCGAAGUUGUUCGGGGCUAAAGACUCGGAGCUGGCUUCACAGAACAGACCGCUGUGGCAGUGCUUCUUAGGACGGUUCAAUGACAUCCACGUCCCAGUCAGGCUAGAGUGCGUAAAGUUUGCCAGCCACUGCCUCAUGAACCACCCAGACCUGGCAAGGGACCUCACAGAGUAUUUGAAGGUGCGUUCCCACGACCCAGAAGAGGCCAUCCGUCACGACGUCAUCGUCACCAUCAUCAACGCUGGAAGGAAGGACCUCAACUUGGUCAACGAUCAGCUGUUGGGCUUCGUUCGGGAAAGGACCCUGGACAAGAGGUGGCGUGUGCGUAAGGAGGCCAUGAUGGGCCUGGCUCAGCUUUAUAAGAAAUACUGUCUGCACCAUGAGGCCGGAAAGGAGUCCGCCCAGAAGAUCAGCUGGAUCAAAGACAAGCUGCUGCACAUUUACUAUCAGAACAGCAUCGAUGACAAGUUAUUAGUAGAGAAGAUCUUUGCCCAGUACAUGGUUCCUCACAGCCUGGACACUGAGGAGAAGAUGAAGUGUCUGUACUACCUGUACGCCUGCCUGGACACUAAUGCUGUCAAGGCACUGAAUGAGAUGUGGAAAUGUCAGAACAUGCUCAGAGGCCUUGUCAAAGAGCUGCUCGACCUCCACAAGCUGCCGGUGUCCGAGGCCAACAAUACAGCAAUGUUUGGGAAGCUGAUGAGUAUUGCCAAAAACCUGCCAGACGCUGGAAAAGCUCAAGACUUCAUGAAGAAGUUCAACCAGGUUCUUGGCGAGGACGAGAAGCUGCGAGUCCAGCUAGAGAUGCUCAUCAGUCCAACUUGUUCCUGCAAACAGGCGGAGAUCUGCGUGAGGGAGAUUACGCGAAAGUUGACAUUCCCCAAACAGCCCACAAACCCCUUCCUGGAGAUGGUGAAGUUCCUGUUGGAGCGCAUCGCUCCGGUACACAUCGACUCAGAGGCCAUCAGCGCUCUGGUAAAGUUGCUGAAUAAGUCCAUCGAGGGCACAGCUGAUGACGACGAAGAGGGAGUUACACCUGAUACAGCCAUCCGCUCAGGGCUGGAGCUUCUCAAGGUCCUGUCUUUCACUCAUCCGACAGCUUUCCACUCAGCAGAGACCUACGAGUCUCUUCUACAGUGUUUGAAGAUGGAGGACGACAAAGUAGCAGAGGCAGCGAUACAGAUCUUCAGAAACACCGGGCAGAAGAUCGAGACAGAGUUACAACAGAUUAGAUCGACUCUUAUUCCCAUCCUGCAUCAGAAAGCCAAGCGGGGCACUCCUCACCAGGCCAAGCAGGCGGUCCACUGCAUCCACGCCAUCUUCAACAACAAGGAAGUGCAGCUGGCACAGAUUUUUGAGCCUCUGUCACGCAGUCUUAAUGCAGAUGUACCAGAGCAACUCAUCACUCCGCUGGUGUCUCUGGGCCACAUCUCCAUGCUGGCUCCAGAUCAGUUUGCUUCACCAAUGAAAUCCAUCGUCGCCAACUUCAUUGUCAAAGACCUGCUCAUGAACGACAGAUCUGUGGGAAACAAAAAUGGGAAGCUGUGGACCACCGAUGAGGAAGUCUCACCUGAAGUUCUAGCUAAGGUUCAGGCCAUUAAGCUCCUGGUGCGCUGGUUAUUAGGAAUGAAGAACAACCAGUCCAAGUCGGCAAACUCCACCCUGCGCCUGCUGUCGGCUAUGCUGGUCAGCGAGGGCGACCUGACGGAGCAGAAAAAGAUCAGUAAAUCAGACAUGUCCCGUCUGAGGCUGGCUGCAGGCGGAGCCAUCAUGAAGCUGGCACAGGAGCCAUGUUACCACGACAUCAUCACGCCUGAGCAGUUUCAGCUCUGUGGCCUCGUCAUAAAUGACGAGUGCUACCAGGUCCGCCAGAUCUUUGCACAGAAGUUGCACUUGGCUCUGGUGAAACUGAUGCUGCCUUUGGAGUAUCUGGCCGUCUUCGCCCUGUGUGCCAAGGACCCAGUGAAGGAGCGCCGCGCCCACGCCCGACAGUGCCUCCUGAAGAACAUCUCCGUCCGCAGAGAGUACAUCAAACAGAACCCCCUCGCUCAGGAAAAACUUGUCUCACUUCUUCCCGAGUACGUUGUCCCGUACAUGAUCCACCUGCUGGCCCACGACCCAGACUUCACAAAACCACAAGAGUAUGAACAGCUCAAAGACAUCAAAGAGUGCCUUUGGUUCAUGCUGGAAGUGCUGAUGACCAAGAAUGAGAACAACAGUCACGCCUUUCUGAGGAAGAUGGUGGAGAACAUCAAACAAACAAAGGAUGCCCAGUGCCCUGAAGAUGCCAAGGCCAAUGAGAAACUGUAUAUUGUAUGCGACGUUGCCCUCUUCGUGAUCGCCAACAAGAGCACUGCCUGUCACCUGGACUCUCCAAAAGAGCCUGUCCUGCCCUCCAAGUUCUUCCUCGUACAGGACAAGGACUUCAAGAAUGAUAAGGAGUACCUAACAGCAGAAAUGAGACAAAUGCUGCUCACUGGAAAGCCCAAAACGGCUCCAGUGUUGGGAGCUGUGAACAAACCUCUGACUGUACCUGGGAGGAGGAUCUUCACCAAAACCACCACAGUUUCGGACACCACCAGUAACACCAGCACCAACUCCUCCCCUCUCAGCUCAACAAUCAACAAGAACAGUAACAGCAGUGUGACCAGCGAGUCAACAGAGAGCCGGGCGCAGGAGAACAACGAAAACCCAGUCAUCAAGAAUGACGAGUCGAAGAAGGAGGAAGCGGGCAACAACGCGACUACAGACGCCGAAGCUUCGGUGGUCAAACGGCGUGGCCGUCCCGCCAAAACGACCACUGCUUCUGCCGUGGCCGAGAAAGAUGGAGCGUCGGCGCCGGCAGCGGGUGGAGGCAGAGGCAGGAAGAGAGCCGCCGACCCCAACUCCAACCCGUCGGCGGAGUCCAUCAACCUCAAGGUGUCCAAACAGCAGCAGCAGAACGACGAGGGAACAAAGAGACAGAUUGACUUGCAGAGGUAAAGAGGAAACCAGCGAAGGCGAAAUCAAGACUUGAGAGAACGGGCCAGACUCUUCCUCAAACCUUCCUAACAUUAUGUACAAGCUCCUCUGACUUUUAAAGCUUUCCUGGAUACAUUAUGGACCUUUCUUAAAACACACGUAUACACAUGCACGCACGCACACAAACACACACACACACACACACACACACACACACACACACACACACACACACACACACACACACACAGCACUGACAUCCUAGAAGGUUUUAAACACCUUGUAGUCCUAAAAUUGAAGCUCAUUGUAUGUAGGUCUUACUCAGAAACAUGUUAUUUUUUUUUCCCUUUGUGUUUGUUGUUCUUUGCUUCUUUUGAGGAGCUGUUUUUAAGAAGAAAAAAAAAAAACAGGAUGGACAUUUUACAAACAUUUUAAUCUGGUUAUGAUUGUUGCUUAUUAAAUCCCCUGGGAAAAACCGAAUCGUACUGUACGUCUCCCGACCUCUUCCUCCUUGUGUCUUGUGUUGCACGAUCUUUUUAUUUUGACCUUCGACAGUUUUAAAGUUACAUUUUGUAAAUACACCUGUGCAACUUUCCAGUUAAAACUUUUUUUUAAUAUCUACCACGUUGAAUAAAAAAAAAACUAGCUGCAGCAGAUGGGAGUAUUUAACAAAUAUACCAGCACCAAAUUUCUUUUUUUUUUUUUUUUUAGCUUUUGCUGUUUCUCUCAGCUGGAGCCAUUCCUCGCAAGGCCAGGUAGAAACCAACGGUGGCGUUUUCCUCUCCCACCGUUCAUGUGUCCAAGGGCCCUUUUUUUUUUAAAUCGACUUUCGGUGUGUAAAUGAAAAAUGUAAGCAGGUAAAUCUGCUCGACGGCGUUGAGGGGAGGAGCUGAUCAUGUUUUUACGUCACUUGUGAAUGCAUAAAUGAUGUUACUACAAGUAUGUGUUCAGGUUUCUCUUCACCUUUUACAAUUAAAUGUUUUGUACUACUGUCA